AUGUUCGGCAAGGUUUUAAAAUUAUCAUUGCUGGUAUUGGGUUUGUCGCAAGUGGUUUAUGGUCAGUCUAAAAUAGUUGGCGGCUAUCCAGCGACUAUAAGUGAUGUACCCUAUAUUGUAAACAUACGUGCAGGUGGUCAAUUAAUUUGUGGUGGGACUUUGGUACAUCGAAGAUUCGUUGUCACCGCUGCCAGCUGCAUUUGGAAGUACUAUGCACCCCAAAUGAUAGUACAAGGCAAUACAGCUAAUUUUAAUGAAGUCGGCUUACGACGUAAAGUAAAUCGUGUAAUCUACCCAGCAGCUUAUAACACACAAACCCUUGAUUUUGAUGUGGCUAUGCUGCGUUUAGAUUCUCCUAUGAAUGGUGCUAAUACUGUGCCAAUUGGCUUGUAUACAAAUGGUGUGCCCGUGGGUGCUACAUUGAAAGUAUCUGGUUGGGGACAGAUCAGUGAAAAUGGCAACAAUUCAAAUCAAUUGCAAUCUGUGCUGGUAACUUCAAUAGCUAAAGAUAGGUGUUUAGCAUCAUAUGAGUUAACGUCUACAAUGUUUUGUGCUAGAGGUCCAGGAACUGAUGCAUGUGAAGGUGAUGGUGGCGGUCCUGCUGUUUAUAAUGGACAACUUGCUGGCAUUAUAUCAUGGGGUUUCGGAUGUGCAAGACCAAACUAUCCUGGUGUUUAUACUAGCAUCGCAAUGGUUGCUCCAUUUAUUAAUCAAGCUAUCAGAAAUAAUUCGUAA